AUGGCUUUUGAAUAAUAUAAUGAUCCAUUCUAAAACAUAAAUAUUAAGCGAAACACUGAAAUAUUUGAAUUUAUUAAACUCUUAGUUGUCUGGGAAAGAGUAAACAGAGCUUCUCUUUCUACUAUUGUUGAAUAAAAUACAAACUAAUUCAAAUCAAACUAAAAUAAGAUGAAAUCAAUUUUAUCAAAGCAUUAUUUAGGUCCUAUAUAAAAUGUUGAGACUGUAAACAUCGGAUCUGUUGCACCAUUAAUUUCUUAAAAUUAGAUUCCUAUUUAAGACAUCAAGUAAAUAAAGAUAGAUAGUAUGAAGGAAUUAUAUAAAAUUACAGAAUUUCAAGUUGUCGAAAUAUAUUUAAAAAAUUAAGAAAUAUUUAAUUUUAAUCAUUGA